AUGUCCUCCAAUCGUCUCCGCCUCACCUGGUCCGAGAAGGUAGCCAUCCUCAAGAAGGCUGCUCGCUCACCUAGUCUGUCAUUUAGUGUAGUGCAAACUGGCAAGAACGCAAGUGACACAUCCAGCAAUACGAACUACGGGCGCGCUGCGGACUGGGCUCUGAGUUUGCGUCUCAAAAACGGCGCAUCAGCGAUUGACGUGCCAUCAAGCGCUCGUGUUGGGGCUGCUUGCCUGGACGGUCAGCGUUAA